UCAAUCGAGAUGCUAAAUUCUGCUGACGUACGUACGGCCAAAGACGAAAGGAGAAUAUCCUAGCAAGGAAAUAAAAUUGUCUGACACUUGUUACAGGAUGUACAGAUCAUGACUGAACUAGUGGUGCCACAAUGCAACUUAUAAGAAUCGCUGCCUUUGAACUUGGACCUGGCUGAACCAGUCAAAGCACUCCGACCCACCCUCCUUGGUUAGGGUCAACACACCUUUUACAGACACUAGGAAGGUCAAAGGCCAUCAUGUGGCUGAGAAUGCUGAGGUCCCGUCCUGUCCACAUGGCCGUGGUUUCUGGGAUCAGUGUCUAUGUCCUAUUGACUGUCAUAGGGAUGUUGGUGCACAGCAAUGGGGAACAAGCAAGCGCCCGUGCAAAGCAGCGGUACAUUGAGAUGGCAAGGCGCGUCCAACGCGGCGACAAGGGCAUCAUCCUCAUGAACAACCCUGACACCUCCGCCGCCAAACAUCAAGUCGUUGACGGACAGAAGAGAGAGGCGCUCGUGGCCGCACCGGGGGACGAUAAUUUCAUCUACCUUGGGAAGCAGGGGGCCGACUCGCCUGUGGAGUCAGGCAAACUGAACCACAUUGCCAAUCUCCUGCAGAACAUUGAGGCCAAGCUGGAGGAUUCAAAGAAAGACGGAGGCAAUGUGAAUGAAGACUUGAAAGAUGUUAAGAUUGCCAUCAAGGAGAUGAUGGGGGGAAAAGAAACGGGAGAAAAGGAACCCAAAGAGGAGAAGAAAAUUGGACUUGUUUUAGAACAGCCUGCUGAGCCGGAACCAAUAGAAGCUGUAGACAUCGAUGCUUUACCAUUUGUCAUUGACCCAUCUCAGUCUGCAUCGCAAUGUCCAAAGACAGUUCAGACCCUUGCCAAAUAUUCAAAAUGGUUUCGUACACGUUAUGAGCAUGGGAUCAAGCUCUUUUCCAACUUGGAAGACAUUCAAUCUUACCCAAUCUACCAUAAACUGGAGCAUUACACACCACCGUUUGGCUUCAAGAGAACAAAAAGAGAUCGUAAGUACUCUUUCAUACUCAAAGAUUUGGCUGUAGGAUUAAUCAUUAUUCACUUUGAAAAUGACUGGCAAUACUGAUAUUGAAUGGCAGUGAUUGUAACAUGAUUUACAUGAUUGACAAUACUGCAGCAUUUUUAUAAUAAUGAUCAUAUUAAAAGUAACUACAGGUGUAACUCUUCUUAUCAAGCGAUUUACCAUUUACAACAUUGCAGACCAUGGUAUUGAAGCCUAAUAUGAGAUCAGUUUGCUUGAAGAUAUUGAAUCUUAAUCCCACAGAAUUGUUCUGUAGUUUUAAACCUGCUUCAUCAUACUUUUUUGAGGAAGGAAGGUAUCUGUUUUUAAAUAAUCAAUAAAAAAAACAGAAGACAUGUACCCUUGUUGACAAUUCGGUUAAGAAAUUACUGUGCACAUUUUCUUGAUCCAGAUGUACAUGUUCAUACAGUGUAUGUAGUACAUGUACAUGUAAACGGUAUUUAUACAUUACCAUUUCCAAACUGUGAGUCUGUGACACACAGUUGCUACACUUCCAUUUGGCAUUUAUUUUAUUUUUUUAAAUCUGUGUUUCAUCAUGGACCUUAUUCGACAUUCGACAAGAUUCUUUCUUUGAUCCAACAAGAUCGGCUGCCUUCUGAUUAUGUGCAUCUUUAUAAUGAGAACAUUCAAUAACGACUGGUAAGCAUUUUUGGUCAUUGACAAAGGAGCAGUUUCCCUCUCUUUGGUUUCGUUUGGAUGGUGUGCUUAAAGAGUGUG